UGAUUGGAAAUUAUGAACGGGGAGGGAGGAGAGAGACGUUCUCCCUGCGAGGAGGAAGGCCAGUUAACUUGGGGUGAGGCCCACCUCCCCCCAUUCGCAGUUCGACUUCCUGUUUUAUGGUUGCUAGGCGGGCUUCAGAGCAGCUCCUGCUUCUGGCAAGAAACUUUCAAAGACGAACUCUUCAGACGAGAGAGAAAAAGAGAGCGCGCGUCUGAGAAGAGGAACAGAAGCCUCGGCUUGGCUGCGUUUUACAGUCCCUGGUGUUUGUCGCGUAGGCAGCUUCCAGACGACUCUGAAGGGGCUGGAGAACCAGCCAGUUCGUUACUGUUUUCCCGCAUCAGGGUACAGGAGCAUGAUCGGAUAGAUCCUUCAUCAAAUGCAAGAUCCUUCAUUCUGUCCUCAAUGGAGAUUGAUUGCACAGGUCAAGGAUGAAGAGCAGCGCUCACAGGCCCCUGAUUCUCAAGAGACGGAAACUGUCUCUCCCACAUAGUGAUGCGUCCAGCUCCCUAGCAAGAGGUGAACCAAGUGGACAGGAUGAUGGGUCUCCUAAGCAAGAACAAGCAAGAAACAAGGAGCAUGGCGUAAACAGAGAGGAGCCUGAACAUCAGGAAGGCCCUGCAGGAAUUAAAAUAAUAGACCACCCUACCAUGCCAAAUGCGCAGGUGGUAGCUAUUCCUGCUAAUGCAGACAUUCAAAGUAUCCUUGGUGCUCUCACAGCCAAAGGGAAAGAAUCUGGUAGUAAUGGGCCUAACAAAUUUAUUCUCAUCAGUAACAGUAGCCGCUAUCCCAGAAUGAAGACAAGAGCAUUUAAGAAUCUCUUCAAAUCUGACGAUGAGCAAAUCAUUGCCAGUAACAAGGCAGAAGAAGAAAAGCACAUUGGGCAAAGCUCUGGGUUAAUGGAAGAGUCAACCUUUUGGGUCUCAGAGUCACCAUCUAUGGGAGGACAAGAACAGGAAGGAAACAGCAGUGGGGAGACAAUGAGCGGUGGCUUGGACAACAGUCUCACUAACAUCCAGUGGUUGGGCAAGAUGAGCUCCAGUGGACUGAGCCCAUGCAGUGUGAAAAAAGAAACAGAGAAGGAGAACCAGACCCCCAAGCAGAAAGCAAUUAAGGCUGAGGAAGGCUCUGCAGCUUCCUCCUCUACUACGUCAUGGCAGGAGUCCUUCUCUGAACGGCCCCCCUACUCCUAUAUGGCCAUGAUCCAGUUUGCCAUCAACAGCACUGAGAAGAAGCGCAUGAUGCUGAAAGAUAUCUACACCUGGAUUGAGGAUCAUUUCCCUUAUUUCAAGCAUGUAGCCAAGCCAGGCUGGAAGAACUCUAUAAGGCACAAUCUUUCUCUUCAUGACAUGUUUGUUCGAGAGACAUCUGCCAAUGGCAAAAUCUCCUUCUGGACCAUUCACCCUGAAGCCAAUCGCUAUCUGACCCUGGACCAGGUGUUCAAACCACUGGAUGUGCAGUCACCAGCAUCACCCGAGCUCUUGGAAUCACAGCAGAAACGUCACAUUCCAGAUCUGCAGAAGAAUAUGGGAGGCACUAGUGGCUGCAAAAGUGAGCCACAGGCUGCACGCCGAAAAAUGAAGCCCUUGCUGCCACGUGUCAAUUCCUUCCUAGUUCCAAUUCAGUUCCCAGUGAGUCAGUCCCUCAUACUUCAGCCCUUUUCAAAGGUGCCUCUGCCUACAGCCCAGGGUGCCUCGGAGACCAUACAGAGCAGCAGCCGGGUGCGCAUUGCUCCAAAGGUGUUGCUAUCCAGUGAUGAGCCAACCCUGUUACCACCUGCAAACCCCAUAAAAGAGGAGACUUGUGAUGAAGAGUCAUCUCCAUUUACUUCGCAACAGUCCAUAAAUGAGGGCACCUGUCAAAUCAGCAAAGAAUCAUUCACUGCAGCCCUGUGUAUAAAAGAAGAGAGUGACAAUUUUCAGUCCAAUAAAUGGGCCUCCCCAUUCCUCCCAGUAUUGCCUAUAAAGGCAGAACCAGUGCAACCUGGUGAAGAACCAGACAUGUGCCUUCCAGCACCACUUGCAAAGCAGAAGAGACAAUCUGCAGUUCUCAAGUCACCAUUCCAGAGCACGUUGGAUACACGAGUUAUCAAGAGGCAAGAGAGGCAUGAAAUGGGCAGAUGCAGAAGAAAGCAGCAGUUAGCCCUGCCUUGCUCAGAAGAACCGGUCCUGCUCCUGCCAUCUAGCAGUAGUUCAGAUUCAUUCACGCCAGGCAAUGACCUUCCCUUUGCACAGGAUGCUCAUCCUUUGGGAAAUACCUCUCAACUUAGUUGCUUGCAGGGGGAAGAUAGUCCUUUUAAAACUGCAAUAAAAGAGAUGUUCUGCAAGCUGCCAAUUUCUUCUAUCCCUAGUAAAGCACCCAUAACCACCCCACUAUUCCUCGAAGCUACUGACUCCUGGAGACUGGCACCCUUUGUCAAGGAAAAUAGCGAUCUGGAUUUCAGCCCUGUAAGGAUCCCUCCAACACCAUUACUUUCUCUGCAAGAGAACUUAGAUCUGGGAUUUAGCAGCACUCCCUUGAGACAAUCCUCAUGUGAUUCUCCACAGCUACCUCUUUUAAAUCCAGAAACCAAUGAUAUGGUCUCAGGUCCCUUGACAAGCUCUCCUGUAUCCAGCAAACACUCAUCCCCAGAGUUUCAGACCUCUGUUCUUCCUGAAAACCGUUCAUUCUUGGAAGGCCUAGUCCUGGACACCACGAAUGACAGUUUGAGCAAAAUCCUUCUAGAUGUCAGUUUUUCUGGCCUUGAGGAUGACAAGUUAGGUACUGAUCUUAGUUGGUCACAAUUAAUUCCUGAACUGAAAUGACCAAAUUUGACUCACAGAUUCUGGUUUUAGUACAAAUGACCAUGGGACACAGAUGAUUUUUUUUAACUGACUCCUAAACUGUAAUCACAUUAGGAUGAUCAUAUUGUAUAGCUGGCCAUGGAAUUGUCCAGAAGCUGCUUGGUGUUCUAAUGGCUAUUGCUUUUGAUCAGACAGAGGACCAAUACACUGGACAAUCAAUGAAAGCUAGGUCAGUUCCUUAUGAAAUGCUGUAGUGAAAAUUCCCAUUUCCUUUUAAUUGUCCUCCAGUUUGCUGUAGCAUCUUAUGUGCAUAUUUUGGUCUUUGUAAAUAUUUUUAUAUUUUAAUGCCUUUUAAAGUAUAAAGAUGGUAACCAAAUGUAGAGGACAAUGAGGGACUUGUAUGUUUAAUAGUUGCAGAGGGAACUUCAGCAGGUUCUGUUUGUAAUGAGAAGAGGUGGAUCUGCCAGAGUUCUCUCCACUACACUACACAAAUAAAGUACAGGAGCUUUGACAACCUAUGUUGCCUUUAGUAGUAGAAAUAACUUUAUUAUUUGAGGAUUGCCACAUUUUUGUAGGCCUUGCGUUUGUGCCUUUAACGGGAACCUGGCAUGAAGAAAUUUAGCAGCUGAAGUAUUUCCCAUCUCUAUGACCAUGUCAGGGAAAGCUUCAGAUGCUUUUCAUUCUUCAUAUCAGACUCCUGUUAAAAGCAUAGGAGUAGAGCCAGAAAAAAUAAAAUGGGCAACCUUUUCCAGCCUUACCUUCACAUGGCAGCAGUCUGAAACAUCACCUCUACCAAUAGGAAAAGGGAGGUUUAACUGCUAUAUAGAACACUUCAAAAUAGGCUUAGGUGGGGUUUGCCUGUCUAGGAGCUGUUGCCUUUUAAGUCUCACUUUUAAUGUGAAUGACACUUCCCCUGAAACACCUGGCACUUAAAUGGCCCACACAAUAGCUGCCAGCUCAGAUGUGCUAAAAUCCUCCACGUGAUCUUAGGAACAUAGCAAUAUGGCAAAAGUAACUUCUGACCAAGCACAGCUGUGUUCUCAGGCACCCUUCCAGUAGCAAUUCAUGCAAGGAAUGCUGGGGGGGGAAUAAAGGCCACAGCAUUACCAGGUAGCUAUUGUGGUCAAACCAGGUCAGAUGCUACUUUCUUCAUUGGAAUGUUCCAUUGGAGCAGGGCUGGCUAACCUGGAGCCUCCCCGCUCUUGUUAGACCCAGCUUUCAUCAGACCCAGCAUGGCCGAAAGGGAGGGCUGUUGGAAGUUGUAGUCCAGCUACCUCUGGAGGGCCAAAGCAUAAUCCCUCUUUUUUUCAAGAAUCCAAACCAGGCAUUGCUUAUAUUCCCAACUUGAGCACUUCAGCAAUUAGAGCAGUGGGCAGAGCUUCAAAAAUCGAGCCUCUAAUAUUCCUUUGGUAAAGGGGAACACUCUAAGCAGUUUUUCCUUCACAUUUUAAAAUUUUACCAUUCCCUUCCUAUUAUAUGCUUCAAAAAGAGAAAGAAAUUGUGAAGUGUGAUUUGUCUAGAACAGGAGACUGGCCUUUAAAAAAAACCCCAACAAUAACGACCACAUAGAAGUACUUCAACCAUAGGCUGUGUUUGUCUUUCUUCUAAUAACCUAUGCAAUAAAGCCAGAGUAGAACUCGGAAUAAUGUGUUUCCUUAGAAUAUUUCACUUGUUUCCCUCUGUGCUGCUUAUUGACAUAAGCCUUUGUCAAUUGUUCCCAUUCCUCUGGUUUUAGAGGUAACUUUUGCUUCCAAUGGAUUGUUCUCAUCCAUUCCUAUUAGGCCAUUUUAGGAUUAUCGCACCACCCAUUCAGAAGCAGAAACUAUUAAUCAAAGGCCUCAUAAAUGCUCGGCACCCUUUAUGGUCAAGGUUACAGAUUAUUCAUUUCCUCAUGCUACGUCCUUAGCUGCAGCUUACAACAGGCCAGCAUUCUUGACAAAGUAAUCAAGCUAAUAAUUAUUUUAUUUCAUUGAUACAUGACUGAAGUUAGGAGCACCUUUAAAAUUGAUAGACACAUGGUGAUUAUUCUGUAGGUGGAGAAUCUGUGGCUUUCCAAAGGUUGUUGGACUUCAGUUUCCAUCAGCCCCAGCCCCAGGGAUGCUGUGAGGUGUAUGUAGUCCAGCAACAUCUGAAGGACCACAGGACCUCUACAGCUCUUUCAUAUGCAGCAUGAAUUGUAAGCUCAACUAGGGAUCUUUGAGUAUGAAUUUGCUUUGAAUUCAAAUACUGUAAUAUCUAUGUGAUGCCCUUCACAUCUGGGAAACAUUCCUGUACUAAUUUAUCUAAUAACACACAGCUUACCCCCAUAUUCCCCUAAAAACCCCAUAUUCCACUAAAACUUUGGCACAGCUUCUGUUUAAACAGUAGGGACCUGGAAACAAGAUUCUGCAGUAAAGCAGCAACUGUGACAUUACAAGCCAAGUGCAUCUCUCUGGGAGGAAGAACCAGUUCUCACCAGCCUACCUGAGGUCAAUGUGUAGCCUCAGGAGUAACGGGGCUUGUAGCUGCUGUUCUGCCUUAAAAUAAAAAAAUGUUUUUACACUAUGCUACAUUGCAUUAUGCACCAU